GACAGAGGGGAAGGGUGAGGCAGGGGCUUAAUUGGGUGUCACUCCUCCCCCUCCCCUAAACUUACCCCCCUCGGAGGAAACCAAAGCUGAAUCUGCUCCCAGGCCCCAGAGAGGAAGCCAGGAGAAAAGGCAAAGGGAUGGACGAGGACCCCGCAAGAGCCUUCGCACAUUUCUAGGCUUCCCUCCUCUACUUUUUGAGUCUAACCCUGGAUGAAGUAUGCCUGAAGGCAGAGAUCUCUGAGAACCCUUGGGAGUAGACCCAGAGGAAAGUAAAGAGAAAUCUUCAGUUGGGAAGAAGAGGAUCAGGCAGUAUCGUGUCCAGGACUGAGACAGGUGCCUUUCUGAAGAUUUCAGGACAGCACUCCACCACCACCACUACACAUAGGCACCUACACAGGGUCCCUGUUUCUUUGGAGCAACAUGGCUCAGGAUCUCACUGAGAAGGAGCUGUUAAAAAUGCAGAUCGAUCAACUUAAGAAAGAAGUGAAAAAUGAAAGAGCCAUGAUUUCCAAAACAGGGAAGGAACUUAAGGACUAUGUGGAAGCCAAUGCUGGAGAUGACCCCCUCCUUAAAGGCAUCCCGGAGGACAAAAAUCCCUUUAAGGAGAAAGGUGGUUGUAUGAUAAGCUGACCACCCCCUCCCCCCAUCCUGAACCUCAUCCAAAGGACCAGCUUUUCCCCAGUCCCCUAGUUGAUCCCCUACAGACCUAAACCCCAGGCAACCAAAUAUCAUUCUCUAUCCUGACAACUCUGUCCACCCUCUUCCAAGGUCACACCCAUUCUUUCCUAAUUAACUAAUUGGAUGUUAAAGCCUUGUUAUACUGGACCAAUGUAAGCUCAGCCAGGAAAAUGCUACCAGCUCAAUUCAAAAGAUUA